AUGGCCAAAACAAGAGGAAGCACGAACGUGAUGAUGUUUACCAUAAAUGGAACAGAUGGCAUGGGGACCUUGGCGUGUUUCGAGGAUUUAGGAAAUAAACUCGUCGAGACGUUACGAAUAGAUUUUGUACCGUACACGGAGAGAGAUUCAAGAGGGAGUGCAAUGCAGUAG